GUCCCGUGGGGGCCGCGACAGGAUCUGGGCUUCUGAGGCUCCGCAGUCCUGGGCGGCGGGCGUCGUGGCUCCGGAGCGGUUGAGCAUGCCAAGAUGAUGAGGGCAGCGGGCUGGGACGAGCUGGGGCGGGCCAAGCUGGAGGGUCUGCCCCCGGGCUCAGCAUGGUCUCUUCCUUCCCGAUGCAGAUGAACCAAACGACCCCCGACCUGGAGCGGGCGCCAGCGUCCGAGGCCGAGUGGGAGCGACCUUGGUCGGUGGAGGAGAUCCGCAGGAGCAGCCAGAACUGGUCGCUGGCGGCCGACGCGGGCCUACUACAGUUUCUACAGGAAUUUUCUCAGCAGACCAUCUCUAGGACCCAUGAAAUCAAGAAACAAGUGGACGGACUGAUUCGGGAGACUAAACGUGUGUACGAUGAAGAACUGGAGGAGCCGGUGCUCAAGGUGGAGGCAGAGAAGACAGAACAGGAAAAGACCCGAGAACAAAAAGAAGUAGAUCUGAUUCCUAAAGUCCAGGAGGCCGUGAACUACGGUUUACAAGUACUGGACAACUCUGAAGAAGAUGAUAUUAACGAACGGGUGGAACUGAUUCUUGAACCUAAGGACCUGUACAUCGACCGCCCCUUGCCCUACCUCAUUGGCUCCAAACUCUUCAUGGAGCAGGAAGAUGUAGGGCUUGGAGAGCUCUCUAGUAAAGAAGGCUCCGUGGGCAGUGAUCGGGGGAGCAUUGUGGACAGUGAUGCAGAGAAAGAGGAGGAGGAGUCAGAAAAUGAUUUUGCCAAUCAGAGUGACAAUGAUCAAAACCAGCACACCACACAGAUGAGCAAUGAAGAAGAGGAUGAUGAUGCUGACCUCUUCGCUGACUCUGAGGAGGAGGAUAUUGAGGACGUUGACAAAGAUACUAAGCCAAAAAAGCCCAUGUCUUUCGCUGAUGAGUUGGCAGCUCAAAUCAAAGGGGAUGGAAGCCGUCUUGGAGAGGAACAGGCAGGUGAGCUGGGACAAGGUAACAAGUCAUCCGUGCAGUACAGGAGCCCCUGCUGGCCCCACUGGGCUGGGGUUCUCCUCAUUCCUAAAGUGCAGAGGCACAGGCACUCUGACACCAGGAAAUCCACCCACCAGAGAGACUUGAGCAGUAGAGCUGCUGGGCAACCAGAGCCAUCUCCCAGGGGCAGAGCUUCAGGGACACAGGACCUAGACACAGAUUUGUUUUCUUCUCAAAAUGUGAGUCAGCCCAAAAGUGCAUCUCUCCUGCCCAGCAAGCUCCCCACAUCAGUCUCCCUUUUUGAUGAUGACGAUGAAGAGGUGUGCCCAGUGAUCUGCAAGAGUGUCUUAGAUAAAGGGGUGGCAAGGAGCAAGAGGCCAUCUCCCACCCCAGCCUUUUUUUCCCACCCUGGAUGUAUAACAUGUGGGUUGUGUUUUCAGGACCAGUGGAGCAUCACUGACACACAGACCAAGCCAGCAUCUGAUAGCAAAUCCACAGGAGAACUCAGUGACACUAGAACCAGCCAGGGCCAGUGGGCCAUGGCUAUGAAGAAGACCAGCCUCUUUGAGGAGGACGAUGAAGAUGACCUGUUUGCCAUUGCCAAGGACAGCCAGAAGAAGACCCAGAGAGUGUCCCUCCUAUUUGAAGAUGAUGUAGACAAUGGAAGCUCUCUUUUUGGCUCUCCUACCACCUCUACUCCUCCUGUAGCCAUGAAAAAAGAGACUGCCCACAAGGCACUGCCUUUGCUGUUCAGCGAUGAGGAAGAGAAGGAGCCGCAGUUUGGAGUGAGACCUGUGGCUCAGAAGGCCGAGAGCCCCUGCACACCCUCAUAUGCUACAUCCUUAGAAAUGUCAUCAUCAUGUUCUCAAUCUUUUGCCCAGGGUCCUGAUCCCGAUGCCCGCCCCAAGAGCACAGGUGUCUUCCAGGACGAAGAGCUCCUUUUUAGCCACAAGCUCCAAAAGGGCAAUGACCCAGAUGUUGACCUUUUUGCUGGCACCAAAAACAACAGGUUGGCAGAGCCGAUCAUGGGGACCCUGUUUGGUGAUGAUGAAGAUGAGGAUCUUUUCAGCUCUGCCAAGAUCCAGCCUGUGGUAUCAGCCUUUUCUCUGUACUGGGGAUGUGAGAGAGGAAACAAAGGACUUUCGACCACAUCUGCCCAGGAAGCCAUCAGGCCUUCUGAUUUGUUUUUCCCAGCUGCCCCAUUGGACAAAGGAACCACGGGUAGAACUAAAACUGUCCUUAGCUUGUUUGAUGAGGAAGAGGAUAAAAUGGAAGAUCCAGAGAGCACCCAUGCUCCACAGACAGAAGUGGGGAAGUCGCCAAGUCCACAUGUGGUGUUUUUGGUAUUGCAGAGCCAUGUCAAAGUGAGAGGGAAGCGCAGGCCGCAGACCCAUGCGGCCAGGCGGCUGGCUGCCCAAGUGUCCAGCGAGGCUGAGGAUGCAGGUGUUCCCAGAGGCUCCAUCACACAGUUGGCAGAGGGUGCCACUUUGCCCAGUGGCCGUCAGCUUCAGCCCAGAGCAACCAGUAUGGAAGUCAAGUCUGAGCAGGCUGUGGCUGCUGCCACUCCACCUAGGGAAAGCGGUCCUGUGCCUGCGAUGGACAGGAGCCCCUUUGUGAUGGCCCUGGGCCUGCCCAGGGAUGAGACUGACUUGUUUGAUUCCGAGGACAUCUUUUCCAAGGGCACAAGAUCACAGUUCACUGAGAGAGCAAAAGCCAAGGUGAAGGACAGGGAGAUCUCAGCCCACCUGGCUGAGGGAGGCAAAGAAAGAAGUCCCCUGUUUCCUGCCCUCGGUGAGAUGGGCAGUGAUGAUGAUCUCUUUCAGUCUGUUAAGCCGAGAUCAGCAAAGAAAACAAACCCCUUCCCCCUCCUGGAUGAUGAGGACGAUCUCUUCACUGAUCAGAAAAGCAAGAAGAAUGAGCCCAAGCCCAGCAGUCAGCAGGAGGUUGUAUCAAAAACACAAGAUAUUUUUGAGGAUGAUAUAUUUGCUAUAGAAGCAAUUGCAACUCUUUUUCUCUUCAAAGAUGAUAUCUUCUCCUCUGGUCUCCAGACUAAGACAACCAAACCAAAAAGUCAAUCUGCACAGACUACGCCUGAACCAAAAUCAAAAUACAAGGUGUCCAACAUAUUUGAUGAUCCCUUGAAUGCUUUUGGAGGCCAGUAGAUUUUGCCUGAUAUCUGUGUCUCACCCUUCAGUUACAUUCUUGAGUUAGAGAUGUUGACUUAUAUGCCCAUUGUCCUACCUGAAUUAUAAAAGACACAUACUAAAAUAGCUAGUCCUUUUACCCUAUGUACUUAGUAUCUUUUUGCACUUAUUUUAAUCAAGCUUAAUACUGCAAAACAAAAAUAAAUGUUUCACACUGG